CUCCUAGAAGUGAAAAUCAACAAAUGCCCACUCAGUUUUAACAACCAUACUUUGUGUUUCCAUGUUUUCACAUAUAGAGGCGUAAUGAAUUUAAACUUUACGCUCCCAGGGCACAACUUUGCCGGCUUUGGUGCGCUGGCGCAGAGACUUUUUGGGAAUAACUCACUGUUUCCAUUUGAAAACGCCACCGCCGCUUCUAAGACGGAGGAGGAAGACUUGGAAGUUAACACGGACGUUUACUCCAGGGUGGUCGUCACUGUCAUCUACGCUGCUCUGUUCGCUGUGGGCUCUUUGGGAAACUCCAUCACCCUGUACACCCUGCUGACCAAAAAGACCCUGCAGAACCUCCAGAGCACCGUGCACUACCACCUGGCCAGCCUCGCCGUCUCCGACCUGCUGAUCCUCGUCCUCUCCAUGCCCAUCGAGCUCUACAACUUCAUCUGGUUCCACCACCCAUGGGUGUUCGGGGACGCCGUGUGCAGGGGUUACUACUUCCUCCGGGACAGCUGCUCCUACGCCACAGCGCUCAACAUCGCCAGCCUGAGCGUGGAGCGCUACAUGGCCAUCUGCCACCCGUUCAAAGCCAAGAGCAUCAUGUCUCGCAGCCGCACCAAGAAGCUCAUCAGUGCCAUGUGGAUCGCGUCCUUCGCGCUCGCUGCGCCGAUGCUCUUCGUUAUGGGCCAAGAGUCGCGUCAAGGCGAGAAGAUAUGCACCGCUAUCGUCUCUCCCGUCACCAUCAAGACCGUGCUUCAGAUUAAUGCAUUUCUGUCCUUUGUGAUACCCAUGGUGGCCAUAUCUGCACUGAACGGGGUCAUAGCCAAUCAGCUGCUGCGAAUGUUCCGCGAAGCAGAGCAAGAAAACCGUGUCUGCAUCAUUGGGGGAAAUCCCACCAUGCUGAAUGUCACUGUGGAGCCCAACCGUGCUCAGUCCCUUCGACAUGGAGUUCUUGUUCUCCGAGCGGUGGUCAUAGCCUUCGUGGUGUGCUGGCUGCCCUAUCACGCUCGCCGCCUCAUGUUUUGCUACAUCUCUGAGUGGUCCGAUAACUUGUAUGACUUCUACCACUAUUUCUACAUGCUGACAAACGUCCUGUUUUACGUCAGCUCAGCCAUCAAUCCAAUCCUCUACAACCUGGUGUCAGCCACCUACCGCCAGAUCUUCUUCUCCACGCUGCGCUACUUCUGCGUGCCCUGCCGCCAUACACCCAGGAGGCACCCCCACCCCCUAACCCGCCACUCCAUCAGCAUCUCCAGUAACCAUACCCUCUCCACCAACAUUAUCAAAGAGACGGCAUACUGAUUGAACUGCAAUGGAAUACACUUUCUGAUACUAUAAACCCAUCUGCAGCCACCUUGUGAUUUCUCCACCAACUUCAUAGAGGAAAUUCUGGAACUGGUUUGGAGACUGUUGGCACAGGCUAAGCCAGCACUGGGAUCACCAUCAUUGUCAUGUGGGGUCAAGUACCCACUCUGAAACCACUGUGAUCUAAUUUCAGAUGCACACUGUAUUAUGUGUUUGUGUGUUGUGUCUUUAUUCAUUUAACAUGAGUUUGUGGGAUUAAAAAAAAAAAAAUGAUUGGAUGAUGAAAGAAAAAAAAAGGUGAAAAGGAUAGACAAACAGAGUGAUAAAGCAUCUCUUAAAAUGGAAACUGAUAUGUAAAUGUUUUGUACAGUAUAUUUCUAUGUACAUGUUUUUAAUGGACCCAUCAUUCACACUUGCUUGGUGUUUGUACAGUGUUCAUGGCUCUACUGUUUCAGUGUUUUCUAAGAAUCAACCUCUUGAAAGUACUUUCUCUACAACAAAUGACCUCUGGCAAUACUUUCACCCCAACAAAAGUUCUGAUGUAACCCUCCAUUGUGCUAUUUUUGGUGAGGAUCUGACGAUAAACUGGCUUUGAUGUUAGAAAAAAAGGGGCAGAGAGUUUGUAUUUCUCUUUCCUGAAUCCAAGUUGCAUUGACAGGAGGGAAGAGUCUUGCAUCAUUACUACUAUCUUCUCUUGCCUUGCUUUGUUCCAAGCAGCAUUAGAGUCCAGGUGAAGCAAAAUCACUGAUUUCUUUCUAGAUACAUUAUACUUGUUAGAAAAUUGAGCACAUAGCAGCAGUGUCAUCUCCUUCAGUCCCUGUGUGUGAGUGACAAGUUUGCUACAUUCAGUAAGCUCUAUUAACUCUGAGUCUAACAAAUACACUAUUAGCAAGUCUGUUAAGGGCAACACAAGCCAAAUAGCUGUCACUAACAUAACUUUCAGUCUUUUAGCUCAAAUCGGUGAACCAGCCCUGCCGUUACUGCUUACUGUUGUGGGUGUGUUCAUUCAUUCAUUCAUUCAUUCAUUCAUUCAUUCAUUUUCCAUAAUCCCUUGUCCUGUUAGGGGUCGCGAGAGUGCUAGGGCCUAUCCAAGCUGACACUGGGCGAGACGCAGGGUAUGCCCUGGACAGGUCACCAGACUAUCAAAGGGCUGACACAUAGAAAAGGACAACCAUACACGCUCACGUUCACACAUACAGGCAAUUUAGAGUCACCAGUUAACCGAGCCUGCAUGUCUUUGGACUGUGGGAGGAAGCUGGAGUACCCAGAUUAAACCUACCCUGAUAUGGGGAGAACAUGCAGAAGUGAUGUGCCACUAUAGACCAUGCUACUGAGUUAGCUGUCACUUUGCAGCAGCUCGUUCGUCAGCUCAGCCUGCAUCUCAGA